CAUUCAUGUGUAAAACACACACACACACAACUUCCUCUAUUUAAGUCAUCAUACCAUAACAAUUAACAGCACAGGAAAAUAUCACAUAUGAUUAUAUUGUAAUUAUCUCAUUUUCUUUCAAAAGAAACACACACACACACUCACACACUUAAAGAAUAAUAAAAUGGCAUCAAUUGCAUCUUCUUUUCAGCCAUUUGAGUCUGAUAAAACAUUGGCAAAUUCUUCCGACGAUCUAAAAGCCGUCGUCCCUUCGAAAUUCAACUUCACAAACGAGCCCACAGCUCUAAGGUCCGAUUCAAUCCCCAUCGUCGAUUUCUCCGCCCUUACCUCUUCCGAUCCUGAUCAACGCUCCAAAUCCAUCCACUCUCUCUCCAAAGCAUGUCAAGAAUGGGGCUUCUUCAUUCUUGUGAAUCAUGGGAUACCUGAGGAGCUGAUGAGUGCAACAGUUACUACAGCCAGGGAAUUUUUCUCUCUGCCAGAUCAUGAAAAGAAGAAAUAUGAAGCAAAGAGUGCUUCAGAUCCAAUAAAGUGUGGAAAUUUCAAUGUGACAAAUAAUUCAAAUCAGAAUUUUACCUUAUGGAGGGAUUACCUUAACCUCUAUGUGCACCCUUAUUUUCACUGCCCCAACAAACCCCAACUCUUGAGAGAAGUUGUGCUGGAAUACACAGAAAGAACCAGAAAGCUGGCCAGAAAACUAGUGGAAUCCGUUUCGGAGAGCCUUGAUUUAGAACAACACUACGUGGAUCAAGUUCUGAAUCUCGAUUCCAGUUUUCAACUAUUCGCCGCCAAUUUGUAUCCGCCGUGCCCGCAGCCGGAUCAGGCCAUCGGAAUCCCGCCGCACACCGAUCCCGGCCUGUUCACCUUCCUCAUACACAACGGCGUCGCCGGCCUGCAAAUCGAACACGGUGGCCAGUGGUUCAACGCCGAUUCUCCGCCUGGUUCUAUUUUGGUCAACGCCGCUGAGCAGCUUCAGAUUUUCACCAACGGGAGGUGCAAGAGUGUGAGGCACAGGGCGGUUGUGAAUGACAAGAGAGAGAGGAUCUCGAUCGUCGUGGCCAAUGGUCCGGCGGGGGAUGCCGUCGUCGGACCUGCGGCGGCGCUUGUGCGGAAGGACGGCCGUGCAAUUUACCUUCCGAUGAAGUAUGAAGAGUACGUGGAGGCUAGGAUGCACGGACUCGUCAAAGAGGCGCAGCUCACGAAAUCACGUCUCCACGGCAAAUCUAUCUUGGAUGAACACGUGGACAAUUAAUAACUGGACCAUAUAUUUUAUUAUUAUAUUAUUAUAUUAUUAUAUUAUUAAGGUGGUAGUUUUUUUUAUUCCUAAUAGUAUAUAUUGUAUGUUAAUUUAAAUUAGUGAAUUCUUAUUUGAAGAUCCUGGUGAAUGUGUGGUAUAAUAAUAUUGAAAUAGUAAAAUUAUAAAAUGUGACAUAA